UGUUCCAGGUGUUGUUACCACAUACCUGACACACACCUGUCUGUUCCAGGUGUUCCUAUAAUGCUGAUGUAGCUGACACCUGUGUGAGUCAUGGCUGAGGGCCAGGGGGCGGCUGGGUGCUCAGGUGAAACUGCAGAGUCCAGCUCAGUUCUCCUGGUGAGUGGCCAGUAUGCCACAUCUGAGGACUGCAGUUCCCCCGUCAGCCGACAGGUGGCCCAGACCCUAACAGGAGCAGGGUGGAAAGUUUACAGUACCAUUUUGGAGGAUACAGAGGAGGACAGAAAGUGUGCUGAGGCUGAUGGAGUGGAGCUCAUCCUCCCAACCCGCAGUCAGGGAGACACAAGGGAACCCUGUCUGGCUUGGCUGACCUUUGACCACCCUACACGCUAUCCCAGACUCCCACAGAAUGCAGGGUGGAUUGUGGGUAAUGCUGGGGUCACCAGCAGAGCAGCAGCAACUAUCAAGGAACAGCGUUUCCCCCAAGCAAGCCUCAGUCUUGUCACCCAGACUAUACCUGAAGACACAGAGAAGUACAAGGAAGAUGAGAAGGCCAUGGGCAUCGGACAGAAGGAAGACUCCAUCAGACAAGAUGCAGAGAAGGCAGAUACUGUGUUUUCUGUGGGACACAGAACACAAGACCACUUUGUAAACUCAUUUCGUGCAAUUCCUAAAGACAAGAGGCCAACUCACUACCUCUUCCUGCCCAAACCAUCAGACUUGUUCCUGAACACUACAGUUGAGUACUUUGAAACAAGUGAGAAAGUUGUUCUUUUAUUUGGUAGUGUGACAACAGUUGAGAGGUUGAAAGGUUUUGACUUGGCAGUCAAGAUCUUGUCAAAAGUGGUAGAAAGGAGUCAGGACAGAAUCAAGUUGCGGAUUUGUGGUGUCAGUAAAGAGGAGUAUCAGGCCAGUUUGGGCAUUCUCCAAACCAGCAUCAACUCAGGAAAACUGAUCCCCACCCUUCUCCCACACGGCACCCAGGAAGACGUCUGCCGAGACAUGCAGCAGGCCCACCUAGUUCUCAUGCCCUCCCGUGCAGAACCCUUCGGACUGGUUGGUCUGGAGGCCAUGGCAGCCGGCGUGCCGGUCCUCAUAUCUGACCAAUCAGGACUGGCGGACUUGGUCAAUAAGGUCGUACCAGAAUUCCACCACUCCAUUCUCAGAAUCACGGGUGACGAUUCUGUAGAUGUUGGACGUUGGGCAGAUCAGAUUGCGGAUGUUCUGCGGAUGUCAGAAGCCGAGUUCCGUCGGGCUGCAGAACUCAAGCAGAAACUCCUGGAGUCCAGAUACUGGGAAGAGUCUCAUCAGCAAUUCCUUCAGGCAUUUGGAGGUCACGUUUCUGAAGUCCAGAAGGGAAAGAGCUGUGCAGCUCUUACUGGGGAGACGGCCACUGAUGGAGGGUCAAGGAAUCCCUCGGAACCAGAAGUUCCAGUUCCAGUUGGAGCUGCAGGAACAGAGUCUUCUUCAGUGACAGGUGUCAAUCAGACAGAUUUGUUCCAGAAGUCUGUGAAGAGGCGCUAUGAGUUGAAACUGACUCACUUCAAGCCUCUGAUCUGGAAUGACAACUUCACACUUAGCCUCAGUGACAUCUUCACCCAGUUAGAGUUGAUACAAAAAUCAAAACAUAAAAGGUCAGAAUCAAUGAGGGGGGAAGAGAGGAAAGAACUUAAGUCAUUAGACGACUUGUUCAAGACAGAUGUCACAGGACUGUCCACAGCACCAAGGUGCAUUCUGAUUGAGGGUGAAGCUGGAGGGGGGAAGACAACGUUUCUGUCCAAAGAAGCCCUAGAUGCCGUCUCACAGAAAACAGAGCUGGGCAGACGGCACGACAUCGUCCUGUUGAUCCGACUCCGGGAGGUGAGAGAGGGGGAGACCAUAGAGGAGAUGGUGUGGGACCAGUGUGUUGAUGAAACAACUGAAGGUAUUGAACCACAGUCCAUUAGAACAAUCCUACAGAGGAACAAGUCCCGUGUGCUCUUCCUCCUAGAUGGGUAUGAUGAGCUGCGGCCUGAGGCCAGGGCAGCCAGGCAGGCCAUUCCCAAACUGCUGUCUGGCAAGAUGUACCCCAACAGCACGAUUGUGAUCACCUCCCGACCCUCAGCAGGAGUGCAGCAGUACACCCGGCCAGACUGUCACAUACACAUUGUGGGCUUCUCCCGUAGACAUGUGGAGAAAUACAUGCAGCAGUAUUUCACUGUUGUUGGGAAGCAAGAACUGACAGGGACACUUGCUCUACAUGUCAAAGGUAAUCAACUUUUGAACACUUUAAUCUAUACACCAAUGUUCCUGAUGUUUGUGUGUCUGCUGUGGGAGGAGGAUCAAGAGAUGGUGUCUACUGGAACAAUGAUGGGGCUGUACGACAACCUGCUGACAUGUCUGAUCAGAAAGUGCUGUGAGCGGGAAGGAGUGGACAUGCCAACAGAAGGGCUGCCUACAGAGGUUGCUGAGUCAUUACUGCAGCUCGGCAAGCUUGCACUAGAGGCACUGCUGAGGAAUGAGACCCUGCUUGACCUUACAGAAGUAAAGAGAGAAAAGGUUAAUUGGGAGUUACUGUUAAAGCUGGGUGUGGUCUCCUUGGAGGUUUCUUCUUCUAAAUUGCAUCCUAGGAAACAGCUGAACUUUUCACACAAGACCAUGCAAGAGUUCCUGGCCGGACGAUAUGUAGCUCAUGCUCAAGUGAAUCAAGACAUUGUUGAGCUGCUGCAGCUCACCUCCAUAAGCAAGGCACUUGAACUCAGUAACCUGCUUCAGUUCACAUGUGGCUGUGACUCACGGGCAACACAAGCUGUGAUGGAGGAACUAAGCAAGCUCAGCAGCAGAGAGUUCGCACACUUGCAACCAGAACAGUUGGAAAAAUCAAAAUGGUCAUUUUAUCCAGACAUUCCAAUGAGUCGAGACGUGCAAAAGUCCUGCCAAACCUAUGAAAGGUUUUCACUCUUGUGCCUGAACAUCCUUAGUGAGAGACAAGAACCAGAAGUGCUUCAGGGUAUCAGUCAAGCCCUGCCAAUUGUCAUGCUGGACAUUGGCCAGUCAUGCUCCAUUAACAGUAGAGAAGCCACAGGUCUUAAGUAUUACAUACAAAAUCUUCAUUCAGCAAACCUGCCAGACAGGCUCAUGAUCCGUGAAGACACUGACAGCAGAGACACAGUUCAGUACCUACAGCAGUGUUUUACAACUUCACUCCCUGGACUUAGAUUGGACUUGAAACUAUCAGGACAGUUUGACUCAACUGAUCUGACAGCCAGGCUGGUUUCAGUUCUGAAGAAUGUUCCCUGUCUGAGGGCACUAGGUCUGUAUGACACAAAACUAUCACCGUCAUCACUCCAGCCACUUGUGCAGGGAUUCAGACACAUGUCUCUGUUAGAGGAGCUGGAUCUUUCUGGGAACCAUGGCCUUGGUGAUGCUGGGAUGGAAGUCCUACAGGUUGGGCUGUCCCGUGUUCCACACCUGGCUGUACUCCGUCUUGGAGGGAUAAUUUGUGGAGUCGGAAUGACAUCUGUGGGCAUGUCAUCCCUGGCUCCAUACUUGCGGCACCUAGUGGGACUGAGAGAACUGGAUAUAAGUGAUAAUAUUGAGAUUGGUGACACUGGGCUGGAAUCUCUCACCACCGUCCUCCACACCUUCACUGCCAUGCAGGUGUUGUGCCUGAGUAAGACCGGUAUCAGCCCCACAGGCAUGCGCACACUGGUCCCUGCAAUGUGUAAGUUAACCAGACUGAUCAAACUGGACAUUAGUGGUAAUGCCAUAGGAGACCCCGGGCUGGAAUGCCUGGCUGCUAUCCUCCACCACCUCACAGCCAUGAAGGUGUUGGUUCUCAGUAUCACAGGUAUCAGUGACAGGGGAAUAUCAUCCCUGAUCAAAGCUCUGCCUCACCUGGUGCAAUUACAGGUGUUGAAUGUGAGCUACAAUAACAUAGGAGACUCAGGGAUUGUCUCACUGGUGCAAACACUCUGCCAGCCCAGCAGUUUGGACAUGGAGCAAAACCCACCUGGUGACAAGAGUCUGACCACAGCCCCUCACUAUAACACCACACUACAGGAGCUGUACAUCGGGUGGAAUGAGGGAGUAACAGGAGCCGGACUGGGGAGGGUCGCACAGCUCAUCAGCACACUGCCAGCACUGACCAGGCUGGACAUGUCUGGUUACCUGCUCACACCUGCACACCUGUCUGACACCGCUGCCAUGGAUCUGGCCGAGGCUCUACCCAGACUCCCUGCCCUGGAGUGGCUGGACCUGCAGUACAUCUCCAUGGAGCCUGCAGGGUUCCAGGCUGUGGUGCAGGCUGCUGAGGAACACCCAACACUGGAGAGGCUGAUGUACACUAGGAGGCUAGUUCCUGAGGGAGCAGACACCACAGCCAGCUGCCUGGUGCUGAUCGUUGAUGUGCAGAAAUAUUUUGACAAAGUCAUCAAUGGCGUCAGCUACAAGUGGGACGACCUGGCCCGGAAGUUAGGGUUCAACAGGAACGAAAUAAAAGGAAUCAGGACAGAUGAGCGUGAUCAAGACCACAGGUGCAGAGAAGUGCUGGACAGGUGGAGAAACAGGGAGGGAAGGAAGGCUACUCUACAGGUUCUGAAGCAGGCACUCAUCGACAUUGGUGAACAGUGGACUGCAGAGAGUUUAGAAACUGUAGCCCAGCCUGGCCCCAUCACCAUUGCUGAAGUAACAGAAAACAGCAUCAGGGUCACCUGGACAGAAGCAGCUGGCCCCAAAGACAGCUACAGGAUCAGCAUCACUCCUACUGAUGGUGUCACCGCUCCUAGUGCAAGUGUGAACCCUGGAGACCCACUGGAACACACCUUCACUGGUCUGACAGCAGGAACUGAGUACACCGUCAGUGUUGUAACUGUCGGUUGUGGGGUGAGCAGUGUGGCAAGAACAAAGAUACAGAGGACAACUGUAGCCCAGCCUGGCCCCAUCACCAUUGCUGAAGUAACAGUAAACAGCAUCAGGAUCACCUGGACAGAAGCAGCUGGCCCCAAAGACAGCUACAACAUCAGCAUCAGUCCUGUCACUGGUGUCACUAACUCCACCGGAAGUGUGAACCCCAGAAACCCACUGGAACACAUCUUCAGCACUUUGACAGCAGGAACUGAGUACACCAUCAGUGUUGUUACUGUCUGUGGUGGGGUGAACAGUGUGGCAAGAACAGAGACACAGAGGACAAGUUCACCCAAACCAUCUAGUAGCCAGCGGAAAAGGAAGAGAAAGAGACGAUUUACAGUGAAGAAAAAAGCAAAAGCAACUCCUUCCAGACAGUCAGAUUUGUUCCAGAAGUCUGUGAAGAGGCGCUAUGAGUUGAAACUGACUCACUUCAAGCCUCUGAUCUGGAAUGACAACUUCACACUUAGCCUCAGCGACAUCUUCACCCAGUUAGAGUUGAUACCAACAAGUGAAAGAAACUUUAAAACAUCUGAGAAACAGAAAUGGUCAGAAUCAAUGAGGAAAGAACAAAGAAAAGAACUUAAGUCAUUAGACGACUUGUUCAGUCAAGAUGUCACAGGACUGUCCACAGCACCAAGGUGCAUUCUGAUUGAGGGUGAAGCUGGAGGGGGGAAGACAACGUUUCUGUCCAAAGAAGCCCUAGAUGCCGUCUCACAGAAAACAGAGCUGGGCAGACGGCACGACAUUGUCCUGUUGAUCCGACUCCGGGAGGUGAGAGAGGGGGAGACCAUAGAGGAGAUGGUGUGGGACCAGUGUGUUGAUGAAACAACUGAAGGUAUUGAAGCACAGUCCAUUAGAACAAUCCUACAGAGGAACAAGUCCCGUGUGCUCUUCCUCCUAGAUGGGUAUGAUGAGCUGCGGCCUGAGGCCAGGGCAGCUGGGCAGGCCAUUCCCAAACUGCUGUCUGGCAAGAUGUACCCCAACAGCACGAUUGUGAUCACCUCCCGACCCUCAGCAGGAGUGCAGCAGUACACCCGGCCAGACUGUCACGUACACAUCAUGGGCUUCUCCGGUAGACAUGUGGAGAAAUACAUGCAGCAGUAUUUCACUGUUGUUGGGAAGCAAGAACUGACAGAGACCUUGCUCUACAUGUCAACAGUAAUGUAACUUUUGAACACUUUAAUCUAUACACCAAUGUUCCUGAUGUUUGUGUGUCUGCUGUGGGAGGAGGACCAAGAGAUGGUGUCUACUGGAACAAUGAUGGGGCUGUACGACAACCUGCUGACAUGUCUGGUCAGAAAGUGCUGUAAGCGGGAAGGAGUGGACAUGCCAACAGAAGGGCUGCCUACAGAGGUUGCUGAGUCAUUACUGCAGCUCGGCAAGCUUUCACUAGAGGCACUGCUGAGGAAUGAGACCCUGCUUGACGUUACAGAAGUAAAGAGAGAAAAGGUUAAUUGGGAGUUACUGUUAAAGCUGGGUGUGGUCUCCUUGGAGGUUUCUUCCUCUAAACUGCAUCCUAGGAAACAGCUGAACAUUUCACACAAGACCAUGCAAGAGUUCCUGGCUGGACGAUAUGUAGCUGAUGCUCAAGUGAAGCAAGACAUUGUUGAGCUGCUGCAGCUCACCUCCAUAAGCAAGACACUUGAACUCAGUAACCUGCUUCAGUUCACAUGUGGCUGUGACUCACAGGCAGCACAAGCUGUGAUGGAGGAACUAAGCAGGCUCAGCAACAGAGAGUUCGCACACUUACUACCAGAACAGUUUCAAAUAUCAAAUGUGCCAAUGGAUCAAAACAUGGCAAAGUCCUGCCAAACCUACAGAAGGUUUGUAAACUUGUGCCUGAACAUCCUUAAUGAGAGACAAGAACCAGAAGUGCUUCAGAGUAUCAGUCAAGCCCUGCCAAUAGUCAUGCUGAACAGCUCCAUUAACAGUAGAGAAGCCACAGGUCUGAAGUAUUACAUACAAAAUCUUCAUUCAGCAAACCUGCCAGACAGGCUCAUACUUAAGAUUAGUAGACGCACUAGUACUGGCAGGAGAGACACAGUUCAGUACCUACAGCAGUGUUUUACAACUUCACUCCCUGGACUUAGAUUAGACUUGAAACUAUCAGGACAGUUUAUGUCACCCAAUCUGACAGCCAGGCUGGUUUCAGUUCUGAAGAAUGUUCCCUGUCUGAGGGCGCUGCAUCUGUCACGCACAGACCUAACACCAUCAUCACUCCAGUCACUUGUGCAGGGGUUCAGACACAUGUCUCUGUUAGAGGAGCUGGAUCUUUCUUGGAACCCUGACCUUGGUGAUGCUGGAAUGGAAGUCCUACAGGUUGGGCUGUCCAGUGUUCCACACCUGGCUGUACUCCGUCUUGGAGGGAUAAUGUAUGGAGUCAGCAUGACAUUUGUGGGCAUGUCAUCCCUGGCUCCCUACAUGCACCACCUGGUGGGACUGAGAGAACUGGAUAUAAGUUGGAAUAAGAUCGGUGACACUGGGCUGGAAUCUCUCACCACCGUCCUCCACGCCUUCACUGCCAUGCAGGUGUUGGACCUGGAGAGGACCGGUAUCAGCCCCACAGGCAUGCGCACACUGGUCCCUGUACUGUGUAAGUUAACCAGACUGAUCAAACUGGACAUUAGUGCUAAUGACAUAGGAGACCCCGGGCUGGAAUGCCUGCUGGCUGCUAUCCUCCACCACCUCACAGCCAUGAAGGUGUUGGGUCUCAGAGAGACAGGUAUCUGUGACAGGGGAAUAUCAUCCCUGAUCAAAGCUCUGCCUCACCUGGUGCAAUUACAGGUGUUGAAUGUGAGCUGGAAUAACAUAGGAGACUCAGGGAUUGUCUCACUGGUGCAAACACUCUGCCAGCCCAGCAGUUUGGACAUGGAACAAAACCCACCUGGUGACAAGAGUCUGACCACAGCCCCUCACUAUAACACCACACUACAGGAGCUGGACAUCAGGGAGAAUAGGGGAGUAACAGGAGCCGGACUGGGGAGGGUCGCACAGGUCAUCAGCACACUGCCAGCACUGACCAGGCUGAACAUGUCUGGUGACAGGCUCACACCUGCACACCUGUCUGACGCCGCUGCCAUGGAUCUGGCCAAGGCUCUACUCAGACUCCCUGCCCUGGAGCAGCUGGACCUGCGGUACAUCUCCAUGGAGCCUGCAGGGUUCCAGGCUGUGGUGCAGGCUGCUGAGGAACACUCAACACUGGAGAGGCUGAGCUACUCUAGGAGUCUAGUUCCUGAGGGAGCGGACACCACAGCCAGCUGCCUGAAGCUGGAGUGAGUUCCCAACAUGGCGACCUGUUCUGUACAUUUCCUUA